AUCUCGAAAAUUGUGUGUCGUCCGUUUUGUGAAGUGGGAUGUUUUUUAUUGGAUCGCAUUUUCUUUCGUUGACGUUUUCAAAGUAGAAAACUUGAAAACUUACCCACCGUGCCAGCAUGUGUUGCAAUUAAUGAACCCGCGCUGAACUAAUUAACAUAAUAAUUUGAAUAUCCUUUCGGUGUUUGAGGUUAUGGACUGAGAAUUCGUCAUCACAAUUUCAUAUUCAGAAAAGCAACUUAUUAAUAGUUUUUCAAUCAGUUUUCGAGUGUUAUUUAAGUGUUUUGAAUAUCUAUAUUUGUUGAGCGACUGAAAAUGGGCUUCUUCAGUUUCAUAUCCAGAUUUCGACGCAAGAAAACGACAUCGGAAAUCCUGGAGCGUCUCGAAACGAAAAUCCGAAGCAUAGAGCAGGACGGCCUUACGAAAGAAGAGACGCAACGUCGCCUGAACAGCUACGUCAAUGCGUACUCUGUGGGGCUGUACGUGGUGUUUCUGGUGCUGUACUACUACGUGUACUGCGGUAGGGGGCAACACUGGCUCCACUCGCUCAUGUACGCCUCGCCUUUCGUCGUCUUCCCCAUCGUUGCAAUAUUUCUCCGUUCUUCUAUAUCGUGGUACUACAAGCGGUCGUUGGAGAAGAACAGAAUGACGUUGAGCAAGAUGAGGGAGGAGAAGAAGAAGAUCCUAGAGGAAGUCAUGAACACUGAGACGUACAAGGUAGCAAAAGAGCUCUUGGACAAGUACGGAACACCGGAGGAGCAGUCGAGGGCAUUAAAACCGUUCGUGCCGAGCCUCAACGUACCCGGUAAAACUCCUAACUCGCCACUCCCAGCAACACCAGGCCAGUUGAGACAGCGGCAGAUCGCAGCCCUUCAGACGUCAACACCGAUUAGCAACAACAUGAAUGUCGUGCCUUUCAACUCGCCUUUAGGCGUGGGUUACAAAGGACCUAGGCUUAGGUCGGACCAACUCCCGCGGCCGCUUGUGGACAAGAACCGCUCGGCGCUCGACAAAGUUGUCGACUAUUUGCUGAAAGAUGGACCCACACAGCGGAUGGCGCUCAUAUGUGCUGAUUGUUUAUCGCAUAACGGAAUGGCAAUGAUCGAGGAAUUCGAUUAUGUGUCAUACAUCUGCGCGUACUGCGGGAAACUGAACCCAGCGCGGAAACAGCGCCCCACCGCUCCCUUACUCGGACCUUACAGGGCCCUGCCUGCCCCCACGAGGCUGCCCAUGUCUGGUGACGACUCGUCUGUCGCCAGUUCCGGAAGUGAGAGCGAAGAUGAGAAAAAAAAUGAUAUUACUCAAGCUGCUGGUGAAGGCGAAUCGGAUAAGCCUCCCUCUCCAGCCGAAGAAUCGCCGAAACAAGAACAAAACAAGAAAGAAGACUGAACGACUCGAGUCGACUUGCACGGAUAUGAGGCACCUCGAAUUAUCAAAUUUGGAAAGUUGGCAACGCAUCAGUGUCCAUGGACUGCGGUUUUUGCUUUUACCAUCAGGCAAUCUGCAUGCAUUAGCCUAUUAUGCGGUAAAAAUAUAAAAAUAACACCCGCCAUUUUGGUGAAGUCAAGGUUUGUUACUGGCCAGCAAUUGAAUUUUAAAAGUAUUAAAAUUUUGGCGAUGAAAAUAUAAUGACGUCGGCCAAGAUUUUUGAAAAUAGAACAACGCAGUAUUUGCGGAUUUGAUACUGGCAGGCAUUUGAAUUUUGAAAAUGGAAUAGUUUUGGCUGUGAAAAAGAUCCUUAAUAAAAUAUGAGAUCCUUAAUAAAUAUGUAGCACUUGCCGAUUUUAUCAUCGAAAGUAAUUAUUUUAACAGAAAAUAUUACGAAACUUCAAAAUUUUAUGAUUCAUGAAUAAAUUAUACAACAUUUUUUUCUAAUAGUAAUUUUCAGAACUAUUGUAUAUUUUUUUACAAGAUAGACGAGAUUUAAUGUUAUGUGCACAUAAUAUAGUUCAGCAUUUUGCCACGAAAUUUGAUACCAUGGCCAAAUCAAUGCCAAUGUUGACAAUAAAUAAAUUAUUGUCACCUAAUGCACAAUAAAAAUGCGUGCCUUGCUUAACGCGCUCAUUAUUAGUGUUAAUUAAAAUCGAAUGAAUUUCGUGAAACUUUUGCUAGAUGAUAGUGAUCGUGUCCAAAAUUUGCGUGUACUAUGCUAAGCGCGCAUAAAAAUUUUUCCCUCCAUAUUUAAUGCCAGCUACACAGUAUCGGCAAACAGUUCGCCAAUACAUGUCGUUUAUAAAAUCGUCCGCAAAAAAAUAUAUCAUAAUACCCGAACCUCCUCCUUUCUUCAAAGUCGGUUAAAAAUAAAUCUAAUUUCGCGCUUAGCUUUAGUCAUUGGUAGCUAAUAUUAAAAUGUAUUAGUAGGUCUGUCUUGAGGCGAAAAAAGCUAAUUUUUAAAUUUUCUAAAAUUUACUAGGACAUAAAUUAAAAAGGAUCUUAACAUAUAGACAGAAUGGUCCUGAAAGGGUUCUCAUUUUUAGCUCUUGAGUUUCGGAACGCAAAAGAACCCUAUUAAAUUAUUAACUGAACUUGUUUUAACUGAAUACCAAACCGCAAUCGAAAAUAGGGUUCCGUCUGAACCCUUGGAAACCCUAAAACAGCCCUCAUCUUAUCAACUAACUUAAUAUACUGUAGUGUAGAUUAACCGUUUGAUUUAUUAUUAAGUUAACGGAUCUUGUUAGGUAUAGUUAAAUAUCAUCGGCCGGUUACUUAAGAUUUACCUUUGUUUAGGUAAAGCGAAUGUAUAAAUUAUUUUCAUGUAUUUUUAUUGAAUUGUACACAUUGUAAAACGUUGGUGGUUCAGUGGUUAAGACCGUCCAUCUGUGAACCGGAAGGUUCCAGGUUCGAAUCCUACUUGUGCCACGUGAUUUUGUAUACCAAUCUAACUCACGUCUUUUCUUCGACCACAUCCUUUCGGUGAAGGAAAAAAUUUCAGGACACCUGCAGUUUACUUGAUAAUUUGUCAUCAGAAAAGGCAAUGGUUAACCACUCCAUCAUUAGGUAUUGCCAAGACAGUAAUUGUGUUUGUUUCAUUCCACGUAAUGAAUGAUAAUAAGUCAUGAGGAAUUAAUUGACUGUUGAGGAUUACACUUAAAUCCAAUUUUUUGUUACAUUACAAAUUAUUUCAUAAAUUACAUCAUUACUGUUGUAAUUUUUAAAGAAUUGAAAUUUUAAGUGUAUAUUUCAAUAAAAAUACAUUAUUUUUUAAAAAAUCAUUUUAAAUACCUAAACAAACGUGGUAGCUUUAGUAAUUUCAUUUAGUUUAGAUAAUUUGUGUGCUUUUGUAUUUUUGGCAUUACAACUAAUUAAGUCAUAUUUAAAAACUUUGAAAUUAAUAAAAUCAUUAUUGAUUUUUUACAAUUUAACACUAGUAUGCCAAUAGAGUUUUAUUUUCAAAAAUGUUUUAAAAGUACAUUAUGAUUCAGUCUGUCUAUAAAGAAGAAAAUAAAUGAGGACGCUAUGUUCUCUUGGCUGGCAACACUGGGUGUUUAUCAACCAAUAUUGACCAUUCUAUUUGGUAUUGCAAUUACAAAAAAAUGUAGUAAAAUUCCUCCUCUAAAAAUUUCUCAUAUUUACAGACUGUGCGGAGGUACAAUUGUUGAAUUCUACAUAACAAGCGGAAUUUUGUAUGUAAUGAAUGAUAGCAUUUACUCAUUCAUUCAAUAGUAAUUAUCUGGCAGGCGUAUGCCGUACGAUCUUUUCAGCACACUUACGUAAAACUUCUAUUAAAACUCUAGUGGCGUAAUACUUCAAGGAUGUGUGUCGAAAAAUACAUUUGCAUACAAAUUUAUUCCUCUAAUGAUGUUCCUUAUAAAAACAACUCAAAUAAAAGCAAUCACUAAGUUUUUUAAAGCAUGCUGUCUUGCUUUAGUUAAAAAUUUUGUUUAUAAAAUGUAAUUAAUUCUUAUGGUUCAUUAAUUUAAAAAGAACAUCGCGGAACCCUUAUUAUUUCAAUAAUUCUAAAAAUCAAAGUCAAAUUCUAAAUCAACCGUCAACUCGUGCUAUAUAGAUGUAAAAACGAAAUAAAAAAUAUACUCAAUGCUUUUUCUAGUCAAAUGUUCUAAUGGUGAUUCAAAGCGCUGCAUUUAAGUUUAUAUUAACACUGAUGAUGCUUCCGUGCCUUCUGUGCAGAGGAGUAAAACUGUCAAGUGUCAGAUGGAAGCCUAUCAAAGUAUUUAAUUUGACAGUUCGAAAUUUUUUUUAAUUUUAUUUUUAACAUGUCGGUAUAGUGUGGCACAGAUCACAGAUCUUUUGGCAUGUGGGAAAAAUAGAUACAGGUCGGAAAACUUUAGAAAGACUAUUGUAACAUAAUUCACGUGCCAACUGCCACUGUGUCCUCUUUCUGGCAACACUGGGUGUUUAUCAACUAUCUAAUGGUUAAUAGGCAGCGAAUAAAAUUAUUCGCAAUGGUUAAAAAUGUGGUUCGUUAAAAGUCAUUAUUCUACUCUUUAUCGACAUAUUUUGUUAGUCGUUAUUUAAAGCAUGAUUUUUUUAUUUAUUAAACAAUUUUGCGUAUCUGUACAUUACAUAUGGACUCAUGUCGUUCAAAUUUCGCCUUUAUAUGUAAGGUUGUAAGAACUUUCGGGUAUGACUAAAGUUAAGGUUUGAUAUAAGUACUUAAGUCAAAUAGUUACCCAAAAAGAGAUAAGUGUUUAUAAAAUAUCAUGCCUUUUAUGGGUUGUGAGUAUUACAGGCAUUUUUGAAAAUUGCUAUUGAAUUUGAAUCAUUUAUUUUUGAGUAUUCGGUCUAGUAUCUAUAACAGCACAUAAACAUAAAUUCAUUGUGAAUUCGCCUCUAUUACCGCGGUAUAAAGAUAUUACUUGACAUGUGGUCGGCAGUACGAGGAAAAAGAAUACAAAAAGUAAUAAAAA